UUGAUUCGAAAUUGGUGAUAGCAAUGGCGGACUAAGUAGCGUACCUCGUGGCCUUAUCUUCCGGGACAUUUCGACGCUUGGUUUGACGCGUCGCUCCGCGUCGAAUACUAAACUACAAGCGUCGCUAUUUGGAGUUCUAAAGGGCCCACUUUCGCUUCCUUUCUAUUCCAAAAUGGGAACAAAGCAGAAUAUGCCAUCGGAUCGUCGUAUGUUGCAUGAUGCGAAUGCGAGAAAGGAAGGAAAGCUAAAGCCGGAAGAUUCCUUUGCUGCAUCCACGGCGAAGGAUUUGACCUGCCCGCCGCGCCCGGUAGUUUGCAGCAGCAUAUUUCCAUUGUUUUUACAUGUUGAACCGGAAGGUUUUUCGCAUGGUGGAAUGAACCCUCUUCAAAUACUGCAUUCGUCAGACGAGAAAUGCAAAAACGACGAUGAACCAAGGCAGUUCAUUUGGGGAAAGACCUAUGUAAAUGCAGGUUGGGUCAGAUAG